CCAUUCACCAGUUGUCGGUUUUCUAAUUGCGUUUUGACAUCCAAUAAAUCGGACGUAUAUACCGCAGACGCACUCCUAUUUCAUACGCAAGACUUAUACGACCUAUUCUGGUUCGUAAAAAUGAAGUCGUAUUAUAACCCUCUACCAAAAUACAGAACCAAGGAACAGUUGUGGAUUUUGAUCAACCAGGAGCCUCCUGUCCACAUAAUGAUUGACUAUUCUAGAUUUAACGGUUUAUUUAAUUGGACAGGAACGUAUCGUCAGGCGAGUGAAAUUCAUAUGCCAUACGGAAGAGUCAUUAAACGUACCAAUAAGGAUGUAGAGGUUGUUAAAAGAACGGGCGUUGUGUGGAUGGCCGGAAAUUGUUUUGACCAUGCGCGUAGACAACAGCUGAUACAAGAGCUGGAAAAAUACAUCCGCAUAGACAAAUUUGGUUCCUGCGGUAAGGGGUGGAUAUCCCAAGAGGAUUUCGAUCAACGCCGAUAUAAGUUUUAUAUAUCGUUCGAAAACUCGAUAUGUGAGGAAUAUAUCACUGAAAAGUUUUUUGGAAUACUAAAGCAGGGCAUCCUGCCUAUUGUUUUAGGUGGUGCGAACUACAAAAAACUGGCCCCACCCCACUCUUACAUUGAUAUUAGGGAUUUCACCAGUGUCAAAAACGUGGCUGAUUAUUUGAAUUAUCUAGAAAGAAAUGACACAGCGUUUAAAGAGUAUUUCAAAUGGACCAAAGAAUACGCGAUAACAACGAUUCCAAGAGAAUGCAGUAUCUGCGAGGAGCUAAAUUCUCAGAGACCUCAUCAAGUUUAUACCAACCUGGACGGUUGGUUUGGAAAUGAUAUUUGCCACCCC